AUGUUAGCAGAGAAACAGAAUAGAUCUAAUUGUUAUGUCUGUUCUUACAUGCCAAUAUCUUCCAGCCACCCAAACUUAGAAGCCAAACCUUUUGAUCUAAGAAGUAGUAGAUGCAUUGCAGAAUACUGUGCACCAUAUAAUUGUAUUACCGGCACGCCCGUUCUGUCUGGUGUUUACUGGGUCUGUGGACACAAACUUUAUCUGAAAUUGCCUCCCGACUGGGGGGGGGAUUGUGCCCCCGCCCAGGUAACUGACCAUACGUAUGUUGUCUCAGCAUCCCAGUCACCUAGAACUAAGCGAAGGGUUUUUGAAACCCCUGAGCACGACCACAUCUGGGGUUCUGAUGUGCCUGCUGAACACAAAUUAUGGCGAACAAGCAGUAAAGUAAUUCUGUCACUUUUCCCCUGGUUUGGAGUUGGAAAGUUAUUUUUGCGAGUUGAAACAUUGAAUUAUAGAUUGGAACUUUUUAUUAAUGCAACUCAAACACUUUGGCAGAAAAACAAUGCUGAAGUCAGUGCUAUCCGAACUCUAGUCCUUGAAAAUCGUCUUUGCCUAGAUCUUUUGACUGCAUCUGUCGGGGGAGCUUGUGUAUUAAUUAAUUCUUCCUGUUGUUCAUAUAUCCCGGAUAACACAAAUUCUUUUGAGGUUACAGAUGCCCUGGAACAGCUGCGAAAUCUUGGUGCGGCGAUGAUUAAAGAUGACGUGGUUGAUGACAAGCCAUGGAACCCAUUCUCGUGGCUUAUGAUAGGGAAUUG